UCUCUCCCCACAGAGAUGCCCUGCAUCCAGGCGCAGUACGGCACCGCGGGCGCCGGCCCCUGCGAGCGCUGCCCGGCCGAGCUGCUCAGCCCCGAGGGCGGCCGCUUCCCCAUGGAAGUGGCAGGAGCCGACCUGGCGGCCGCCCCCGCCCUGCCCAGCUUCAGCACCUUCAUGGAGGGCUACGCCGGAGAGUUCGACGCCUUCCUCUACCAGCUGCCGGCCAGCGGCCAGUCCGGCACCACCAACGCCGCCACCGCCUUCAAGCUGGAGGACUUCCAGGUGUACGGCUGCUAUCCCAGCGCCUUCGGGGGGCAGCCGGACGAGACCCUCUCCUCCAGCGGCUCGGACUGCUACGGGAGCCCCUGCUCCGUCCCCUCGCCCGCCACGCCGGGCUUCCAGCAGGCCCCGGGCUGGGAGGGCUCCUUCGGGGCCUUCUCGCCGCUGCCGAACUACGAGGGAGGGCAGCCCUGGGCUGAGCCGGCCAAGGGCGGGGGGUCGCAGCCCCCCUUCUUCGCCUUCGGGCCCCCGGCCCCCAGCCCCGGCGGCGGGUCCCCCGUGACCCUCAAGGGGCAGCCGGGCCCCUCGCCCCGCGUGGACCCGCGGCUGCUGGACACAGACGCCUUCCCCCCGACCCAGGCGCACCCCCCGGGGGGCUUCGCGGGGCUGCCCCUGGCCCCCACCUCGCCGCUGCUGGAGGGGCCGGCGCUGGCGCCCACCAAGGUGCGCAGCCCCGGGGCGGGCGAGGGGCGCUGCGCCGUGUGCGGGGACAACGCGUCCUGCCAGCACUACGGGGUCCGCACCUGCGAGGGCUGCAAGGGCUUCUUCAAGCGCACGGUGCAGAAGAACGCCAAGUACAUCUGCCUGGCCAACAAGGAUUGUCCCGUGGACAAGCGGCGCAGGAACCGCUGCCAGUUCUGCCGCUUCCAGAAGUGCCUGGCCGUCGGCAUGGUCAAAGAAGUGGUCCGGACCGACAGCCUGAAGGGGCGGCGGGGCCGCCUCCCCUCCAAGCCCAAACAGCCGCCGGACGCGUCCCCCGUCAGCCUCAUGACCUCCCUGGUGCGGGCACACAUCGACUCCAUCCCCAGCGCCACCAAGCUCGACUACUCCAAGUUCCAGGAGUCGGCGCCGUGCCCGUUCGAGAAGGAGGACUCGGUGGAUGUGCAGCAGUUCUACGACCUGCUCACCGGCUCCAUGGACGUCAUCCGCAAGUGGGCCGAGAAGAUCCAGGGAUUUGCCGAGCUGCCCAAGGAGGACCAGGACCUGCUGCUGGAGUCGGCCUUCCUGGAGCUCUUCAUCCUGCGCCUGGCAUACCGCUCGAAGCCGGAGGAAGGGAAACUCAUCUUCUGCAACGGGGUGGUGCUGCACCGGCAGCAGUGCGUGCGCGGCUUCGGGGAGUGGAUCGACGCCAUCCUGGAGUUCUCCCAGAGCCUGCACCGCAUGAGCGUCGACGUCCCCUCCUUCUCCUGCCUCGCCGCCCUCGUCAUCAUCACAGACCGGCACGGGCUGAAGGAGCCCAAGCGGGUGGAGGAGCUGCAGAACCGCAUCGUGAGCUGCCUCAAGGACCACGUGGCAGCGGCGGGGGCCGAGCCGGGGCGGCCCGGCUGCCUCUCCAAGCUCCUGGGGAAGCUGCCGGAGCUGCGCAGCCUCUGCACCCAGGGCCUCCAGCGCAUCUUCUACCUCAAGCUGGAGGACCUGGUGCCGCCGCCGCCCAUCGUCGACAAGAUCUUCAUGGACACGCUGCCCUUCUGAGCCCCCGGCGGGCGGCUGCCACCAGCCCCUGUCACCUCCCCCCCCCCGGGGACAUCUGGGACCCUCCAUGAGCAGCCCUGGUUCGGUGCAAGGGAUGUCCGGGACCCCCCCUGGACGCCGCUGGGUCACCCGUGGGGUGCCCGGGACAUCCCCUGCGUACCCCUGGAUCAUCCCCAGGAUCCUUUGGGACCGCCCCUGGAUCACUCCAGAACGCCUGGGACCCUCCCCCCGAUUACUCCCGGGAUAUCUGGGUCCCCCCUCAGAUGCCUGAGUCCCCCUGGGGACACCCCUUGGGGGUCCCCCAUGUGCCUUCACGGCGCGGGCGCAGCCCCGGUGCCGUCCCCCCCCUCGGGGCAUCGCCGGUGUGGUGCCCCCUCCCCCUGUAAAAAACACCCCCCAUGUAAAUAGCGCCGGUCAGGUCCUGUACAGAGCAGGGGGCACGGGCAGGGAGGGGCUCUGGCCCCCCAACCUCGGCCCCCUCCCCUUUAUAUAUAUUUUUCUGGUUUUUCCCCCUUUUUGGCCACUUUCUGUAUAUAAACUUGUACGUACGGUGAGAGCUCUGAGAGGGACCUUUGUCCUGCGUGUCCCCCGGAAA